AUGAGGAUUUGGGCGAAGGACGCCGACGGAGGAGGUGAUGAAGGGGUGAAGGAGGAGGGAGCGAAGCGACCAGUGAAAGAGGAGGUGGGGCGAUUUGGGGGAGUUUGGGGAAAGGCGAUUUUAGGUGAAGGAGGCAGAGAGGGGGUGAGGGAGGCGGGUGGACAAGGUGAGGGAGGUGAAGAGGCGAAAGAGGGCGAUGAAGGACGAAGAUGGGAUGAGGUAAGGCGAUUUGGGAGGUGGAGGGGAAAGGUGGAAAAUGAGGAUUUGGGCGAAGGACGCCGACGGAGGAGGUGA